UGUCUCUCAUCGCUCGGUGUCGCCGCUGCGUCUCCUUCCCCAAACGGCCAAACCCCCGCCCCAAACCCUACCCGCCGGCACCCGUGCGCCGCUCCCGCCUUCCGUCCCGCGCCGGCGUCUCCCCGGACCCGCAAGACCCCUCUCAGAACCCACCGGAGGGAAGCGGAAAAGUUGGCGGGAAACGGAGGGCGAUGGCGUCGUCGGAGGGGGAGACGAACCGGCUGUGGCGCAUCCGUCGCACGGUGAUGCAAAUGCUGCGCGACCGCGGGUACCUGAUCACUGAAGCCGACAUUGGCCUCAAGAGGGAGGCCUUCAUCGACCGCUACGGCGACCCCGUCCGCCGCGACGACCUCGUCAUCAACCGCUGCAAGAAGGAUGACCCCGCCGACCAGAUCUACGUGUUCUUCCCGAACGAGCCCAAGCCCGGUGUGAAGACGAUCAGGAACUACGUGGAGAAGAUGAAGCAGGAGAACGUCUUCGCCGCCAUACUCGUCGUGCAGCAGGCGCUUAGCGCGUUCGCACGCAGCGCCGUGCAGGAAGUCUCCCAGAAGUACCAUCUCGAGGUCUUCCAGGAAGCUGAGCUUCUUGUGAACAUUAAGGAGCAUGUCCUAGUGCCGGAGCACGAGCUCCUGACACCAGAGCUGAAGAAGAUGCUGCUACAACGAUACACCGUGAAGGAAACCCAGCUUCCCCGGAUUCAGAUUACAGACCCAAUAGCAAGAUACUACGGCAUGAAGCGUGGGCAGGUUGUGAAGAUCAUCCGUGCCAGUGAGACCGCUGGAAGAUACGUCACCUACCGCUAUGUUGUCUGAGCUUCGCUACAUUCUCAUGGCUUGAGGCUUCUGUCGUGAACAUCAGCAAGUGAAAAUUCUCCCCAAGUAGUUGCUAAUCUCGUUGUGUACUUUGAAACAUUGUUGCCUCUGAAAAUCAGAAGCACCUUCGAAGGGCCCUCCCUGAGAACUGAUUGGCAUUAUGCAGCUGUGUUCCAUCUCAUUUUUAGUGAAUUGUUGUGUCGAUUUGAAGAGGACAAGUUUUGACCUGCACCGACUUCCAGUUGCUAGGCUGCUUUGUGUCAAUUCUGGAGGCAAUUGUUUGUCUGA